AUGGAAAAUACAGGACAGACAGUUUCUGGAUCAUCUUUCGGUAAAACUAGCUCAAUUAUUUUCAUAAGUGUAGGCCCUGGAAACGAUUUUUAUUUGUUUUUCUCUGAUGUGGGUUUUAAACGUACUUCCUUAACUAAGGCGUUUAGAAUCAUUUGUCCUCCUGGGUACUACCUCCAGUCCGAUCAAACUUGCCUGCCUUGUCAAGUCGGUACUUAUCAACCAUAUGCAAAUCAAUCCGACUGUUGGCCAUGUCCUUACGGUUUAACUACAUCAUCAUCAGCAUCGGUAGCGGUCGAACAAUGUCAAAUAGCCAACAGUUUAAUCAUCGCUUCCUACGUUUUAUUCGGUACCUGUAUCUUGAUGGCUCUGAUAGCAGGACUUAUACUUCUAAUUGAGUGCUCACUACAUAAAUGUCAUGUCCGAAAUCGAUCUGCAAAACGUCGAGGCGAAUGGAAUGUUAAGCCAUGUAAUGAUAAGUCAAUCUAUCCAACUCAAUUUAAGCUCUAUCGAAAGCAGUAUAGUGAAGAUGAUGAUGUUUCGGAGUGGGAUGUUUUUCAACUACCAGGGUCAGAAUAUAAUAACAUUGAACAGGUAUUAAGCCGCAAAAUAAAAGAUAAAAAUGAAGAAAAAACAACAUCGCAACAUUUGCCUACUGUUAAAGACUUUAAACGCCAUAGCAAAAUGAAGAUAUCUCAUCGACAGGAUAGUAGAAUUCAUGAAUGCAAUACCAAUAAGGUAACUCAGCAAGUAAGACAGCAUUCACCCUAUGAAAGAGGAAAAAGUAAAGUACCUCUACCCGAUACAGCGUUCGAUUUGCCAUUUGAUAAAGAUAUUAGUAUCGAUCAAGAAAACCGACAAUAUGAUUUCAAUUCUUCCAAGUUAAAUCAGCAUAAUAGUCAAAGAGAUCCCGAACAAUCAAGAGAUUCAGUUGAUCGAACUCAAAUGGACAGUGAAAUAUUACAAACUUCUUGGAAUACAAUUUCACCCAAAUUCUCAAAUGAGCAACCCUUUGAUAAAACCAGACGUAAGAGUGAUCAUAUAAAGCAAACAAGUCCUCCACGCGCCCGAUUUUCCCUACCGACACCAAUUACUAGAGGUGAUACCUGGUUUGCUUACGAAUCUAAGAGAGUAUUAGAAGGAUUUUAUGGGAAAAAAGACAGGCCAUUACGUCAUUCUGAAAUACAAGAAAACAUCGAAGAAAACCAAGAAAAUGAAGAACAGAUUUAUCUUGACGACUAUUUGCAGCAGCACGAUGACUAUGGCGGAAGUAAUGAUUAA